AUGAGGGCUCAUAUUGCUCCUACUGGGAUUCAGCCAUGUGGAGAUUGUGCUACUGUAUCUGGAAACUUGGGGAUUUCUGUUGAGAGCACCACUAGUAAGGUUAUUGUACUGAGUCCAUUGGAGCAGCCUGUUCAGCCUGUUCGGGUUAGUAAAAUUUAUAGGGAAGUUCCAUUAGAGGUACAAGGGGCAGUAUUUUUGGUAGAUCUGAUGGAGCUUCCAUUUGGGGAUUUUGACUUGAUCUUGGGUAUCAAUUGGUUGGUUAAGCAACGAGUUAUUUUGGGCUACGUUACUAAAAGGGUCAUUCUGAGAACUGAGGAUGAUAAUGUGGUGGUUGUGAUCGAGAAAUUGGUUCGAAAAGGAUGUGAGGCAUAUUUGGCUUAUGUCAAUGUUUUUGUUUUUAAGGACUCUUUUGUUAGGGAUAUUAGAACAGUGAGGGAUUUUUUGAAUGCCUUUCUUGAGGAGUUACCAGGUUUACCUCCGAAUCGAGAAAUUGAGUUCGGAAUUGAGCUUCUACCGGGUACAGUUCCGGUGUUUAUCGCUACAUACCGUAUGGCACCGAAGGAGUUUACAGAGUUUAAGGCUCAACUGCAAGAACUUCUGCAUUUGUGA